ACAUUGCAUUACGGGUUGUCAAAAUCUAUUUCAGAUGGUAGAGAACCGUAACAUCUUCUCGAUUUAAUUCAGUUUGUGGUACUUUUCGCUUUUAGUUUAUUUGUUUCAUUACUCUCGUUAACAUUGGUAAAUACACCACAAUCUAAAAUUUCACAGGUUCAUCCAGCAACAUGGCAAGUUUACGUCUUUUCGGUGCAAUAAAUCGCCUCAGUAAAACAAAUUUACGGAUGGUAAAUGCUACAGCCUUGCUCAAUAAUCGGCAUUUUGCAAGUGAACCACCCGCUGGAAAUCACAUUCGAACGAGACUUGUUGAUGGCGUGUACGUGAUCACACUCGAUUCACCGAAUGCCAAGGUCAAUUCGCUCGGACCAGAAGUGAGUGCCGAGUUUCAAAAGAUUAUCAAUGAAAUCGAGACAAAUCCAUCGAUCAAUUCGGCUGUGCUUAUUUCGGCUAAACCGGGAGUUUUCAUAGCCGGGGCCGACAUUGGUAUGCUAGAGAAAUGUAAAACAGCAGAGGAAGCUGAGGGCAUUUCUCAUGGGGCCCAAAUCAUGUUCGAUCGCAUGGAAAAAAGUCGUAAGCCGAUUGUGGCUGCCAUUAAUGGCGUUUGUCUCGGUGGUGGACUUGAGUUGGCAAUGGCUUGCCAUUACCGUAUCGCCACGAAGGAUAAGAAAACUUCGCUCGGUUUACCCGAAGUCAUGUUAGGAUUAUUACCUGGUGGAGGUGGAACGCAAAGACUGCCCAAAUUGACGUCACUAUUGACGGCACUAGACUUAGAAUUGACUGGCAAAAAUGUAAAGGCUGACAAGGCGAAAAAACUCGGUUUGGUUGAUUUGUUGGUGGCACCAUUGGGUCCUGGUUUAAAAUCGGCCGAUGAGAAUACCAUUGAGUAUUUGGAGAAAGUGGCCAUACAAACAGCCAAGGAUAUAUCGACCGGUAAAAUUGUGAUCAACCGCACCAAAACGGGAUUGGUCAAUAAAAUCACUGAAUUUGCUCUCGGUUUCGAUUUUGUGAAAGACAAAGUUUUCGGCAAAGCAAAGCAGCAAGUAAUGAAAUUGUCAGGUGGCCUUUACCCAGCUCCAUUGAAGAUUCUGGAUGUACUCCGUAUUGGUGUUGAUAAGGGACCAGCGGCUGGAUAUGUAGCCGAGCGCAAAGGAUUCGGAGAAUUGGCAAUGACACCACAGUCGAAGGGUCUGAUCGGUUUAUUCCGCGGUCAAACGGAAUGCAAAAAGAACCGUUUCGGUUCAUCCAAAACUCCGAUCAAAACUAUCGGUGUGUUGGGUGCUGGCCUAAUGGGAGCCGGUAUUGUGCAAGUGAGCAUCGAUAAAGGAUACAAUGUUGUGAUGAAGGACACAAAUACAGCUGGCCUGAAUCGAGGCGUCGGACAAAUUCAGAACGGUCUGCAAAACGCAAUCAAACGUCGCCGUAUUACCGCAUUGGAUCGCGAUAAGCAUUUGUCCAAUUUGACAUCGACACUGGACUACGAACAAUUCCGGAAGGCCGAUAUCGUUAUCGAGGCGGUGUUCGAAAAUUUGGGCGUGAAGCACAAGGUGAUCAAAGAGAUCGAAGCCGUCACAAAUCCAAAUUGUAUUAUCGCAACGAAUACGAGCGCUAUUCCAAUCACACAAAUAGCUGCUGGUUCCAGUCGACCCGAUAAGGUUAUCGGUAUGCAUUACUUCUCUCCGGUCGAUAAAAUGCAGUUGCUCGAAAUAAUCACACAUCCGACCACAUCGAAAGAAACAACCCAAGCAGCUGUUGCUGUUGGUCUUAAGCAGGGCAAAGUGGUUAUCACAGUCGGAGACGGUCCUGGAUUUUAUACGACACGAAUUUUGUCAACAAUGUUGUCCGAGGCCAUUCGACUGUUGCAAGAGGGUGUCGAUCCCAAAGAUUUGGACAAAAUGACCAAAUCGUUUGGAUUUCCCGUCGGAGCGGCCACCCUUGCCGAUGAAGUAGGUAUCGACGUUGGAGCUCACAUCGCUGUGGAUUUGGCGAAAGCGUUCGGUGAUCGAUUCAGUGGCGGCGAUCUUCACAUAAUGCAGGAUAUGGUUCGGGCAGGUUUUAUGGGACGCAAAUCGGGCAAAGGAAUCUACAUCUACGACAAAACUAACUCGAAGUCGAGGGAACUGAAUGAGGGAGCGUCGGAGAUUCUCAAAACGAAAUAUGCCUUGGUGUCGAAGGGAGCGAACUCUGUCGAAGAUAUGCAAUUGCGAAUGGUGUCCAGAUUCGUGAAUGAGGCUGUACUGUGUUUGGAAGAGAAAAUUCUGGAUAAUCCUCUUGAAGGUGAUGUUGGAGCGGUUUUCGGCCUUGGUUUUCCACCAUUUACUGGCGGUCCAUUCCGAUGGGUUGAUCAAUACUCGGCAGCAAAAUUAGUGGACAAAAUGAAAUCGUACGCUGAUCUAUAUGGAGCUCCGUUCCAGCCGGCACAGACGCUACUCGAUAUGGCUAAAGACUCGUCCAAGAAAUUCCACAAGCAAGUGUAAGAGGCUCGGUGAGCUGUUCGUCUAUGUUCCCAAUUCGAUUGUACGAGAGUUAAAGUUUUCCCUUUUUUUGGUGGUCGUCGAAUGCAUUUCAUUAAGUUGGAAAAAGUAUUUUUUGUCGCAUUUUCUAACAUUAAUUUCGGUCGCAACGACUUCUUAUUGUUCAAUAAACGGAUUCAGUUUUUUUGUAAGUUU